GGCGCAGAACGGUGUCCGUGAAGGUUUAGUGGUGCAGUAACGAUUUUGUUGGUUGAUUCCAUUUUAAUACUGUCGCGUGGCUGCAACAUUGACUGGUUUAAAAUAAAAAAAAAAUCGAGAGCCAAACACAAUUAGAGUAGACAUAGUUAAGGAGUUUCGUGCUAAAAUCGUUUCUUGUGGUUAUUAAGCUCAAGCUCAGAUUGUGCUAACUGAAUGCAUUGAUAUUGGAAGUGUUAGUAAACUACACAACUACUUGCACUAAACCCAAGAAGACCUCGAGAACUGUCCAUCAUGAAGGUGAAAUUUCAGACACACUUAAGUUGAAAAUAUUCUUCCCAUCUGUGUGUGUGUGUAAAUAUUUGGCUGUGUUAAUCCUUAUCGUAAGAAAUAAGGCAAGACACUUUACACAACCAUCUGCUGACAUCAAGGAUCAGGUUACCUAGCAACGGCACCCCCAUUCCCAUCGCCGGCUACAAGUGACACUUUAAAAAGUGUUUGCAGGAACUAAAUAAUUGAGGAACGGAACGGAACCCGGUAGCACCAAUCGACAGCAAAAUCCGGACCGAUUCGAACUGCACAAACUCGACGGUAAGAAAGUCCGUAAACCGCAACCUGCUGACACACCUGGCCACCCAGCGCGGCUCCAUCGAAUCCUUUCCAGUACGUGAUACACUUAAGGACGCCACCGGGAGAGCCACACGAGAAGGAGGAAAAGUUGUGCCUUUGCCUUCUCAUCGCCAUCCGCUUGACGUGUGUUUGUGUUUGUUAGUGUGUAGAGUGUGUGUCUGUGAGUGCAUUAAAGAAGCAGCAGCAGCAGCAGCAGCAACGGCAGCAGUGUGUAUUGAAAUCUGCAUCGGAUCGUUGCGAAAAGCGAAGAGAUUAAGCGUAAUGAUGGCCAGAGGUGGCGCCGGACCUGGCUCAACGAUGCAGCUGCUGCUCGUUCGGCUACUGCUGUUGGGGCUGGUACUGCUGGUCAUACUGAACGGGGUAGUGGUGGCGGCCGGAAGUGUCCGUGCGACAGCGAGACAAACGACAGCCACUGUAGCGGAAGAUGAAGAUAGCAGCAGCAGCAGCAGCAGUGCAGCAGUUGGAGGCUCAUCGGACGAGAUGCUCGAGGAGAGUGAAGAAAGUUUCGAACAAGACGCUAGCAGCAGUGGCGAAACCCCAACCCCCAGCCGGCACGAAAGUGCGGAAUCGACAACCGAGCGAGGUGGCGCACCGGAUGAAGAUGACGAUGAUGGUUCGGUAACGGGGACAACGUUAGGCUACAGUGCGGUGGCCACCACGCCCAAGAUAGUGGUGCGGCCCGUGAAGCAGCUAAGCCGCUACGAACAAGGCCUGGAAGACUACGACGAGGCGGCGGACCGUGCCGAGCGCGAGCAGCAGCAGCAGCAGCAGCAGGAGCAGGAGCAGAGCGUCGACCAGCAGUACAACAAUAUGGUGAAACCGAUGCUGACAUUAUUUAAUGUGAUAAGCACAGUUUUAUCGUCCGGAAGAUCAAUGCGCACGGUGACAGCGGGCUGGGAGCGGCCGGCAGCAGACGACACCGAGCGGCCGUUAGCCACCACCGAUGACGGCAAUCCUGGCAAUAAAAGCGAGAUCAUCACGGCUGGCGAAAAAUCAACAAGCGGCCCCAGCGACGGCACUGCCGGUGGAGGUAAUGAAAAUGCCACCGCCGAGGGUCGCUACAUCAAGGGAGACCCGCUGAACGGAUACUACGAUUUUAUCAUCAGCGAAGGGUCGUACAAAUUUUGGGCCGUUUUCCAGCUCGUGACGGCCGCCGUGGUCAUCUACUCGACGCUAACCGCCAUUUACUACUCGAAAGUGGCACCGCUUACGGCGGAUUACGACUAUAUCGAUUAUCUGAACGUGGCCGCUCGUUUGCCGGCGCACGGCCGUUAG